AUGGCUAAAGAAAGUCUUUCAGUUAAUGGAGAACUUGAACAAUAUACUAUUGUCCCCAUUGUUGGCGACGGUGCCUGUUUAUUCCGAGCUCUUUCUUUUUUAAUACACGGAACACAAGACAAUGCGAUGGAGGUGCGAUCACUAAUUGUCGGACAUGUGGUGAAUGACUGGACCAAGUUUUCAGUUACGUCCCACAAUAGAAAUGGUGAUAAUUACUCAACGGCUAAUGAAUAUUAUGCUGAUAUGAUAAAAAAUGAAAAUGAAUUUUAA